AUGGUCUCAGAGACAACGCGAUCGACGGUCAAACUCACGAACAUCCCUCAAACCAUAGUCGCCGAGGAACUCGUCCGCUUCUUAAACCUCCACGUCGGCGCAGACUCCGUAUUCGCCCUCGAAAUCCCAACCUCUCGCGAAAACUGGAAGCCACGCGACUUCGCUCUCGUCCAAUUCACUUCCCUCGAAGCCAAGUCCCGCGCUCAGCUCCUCUCUUCCCACAGCAACCUCCUCUUCAAGUCCCGUAACCUAAGAGUCUCCGAAGCCUACGACGACAUCAUCCCUCGCCCCGUGGAUCCAAAGAGAAGGCUCGACGGCGUCGUUUUGACGGUGGGUUUCCCCGAAGCGGAGGAAGGGAGGUUUUGUGCCCUGGAGAAAUGGGAUGGCGUGAGGUGUUGGGUUUUAGAGGACAAGAGGAGAGUUGAGUUUUGGGUUUGGGAAAGUGGAGAGUGUUACAAGUUUGAGGUUAGGUUUGAAGAUAUCGUUGAAACUGUUCCUUGCUGCGUCAAUGGCGUCUCUGAGAUCAAUGCUUUUCUUCUCAGGCUGAAAUAUGGACCGAAGAUAUACAAGCAAGCUUCAGGACCUCAUAUAGCCACAAAGUUUAAAUCUGGUCGGUACCGUUUCUGCAAGGAGGAUUUUGACUUCAUCUGGAUUCGCUCUACUGAUUUCUCCGGUGUAAAGUCAAUCGGUACAUCCACUUGCUUUUGUUUGCAAGUCGACAAUGGCGACAUCUUCUCAAGCUUCCCUUUCUACAGAGAAGACACUUUGAGCCUUACCACAGUGGAUGGGAAUAAUACCUUUGCCUCUGGGAACCAAAUUGUUCCCCUCUUGAAUGCAGCUAAUCUGGGGAUGGAGAUUCCAUAUGAGAUCCUUUUCCAACUCAAUUCGCUCGUUCACGCCCAGAAAAUCAGUCUUUUCGCCGCUUCAGACAUGGGAUUGAUAAACAUCCUUUGUGGUUUGAGCUUAGAAACUGCAUUGGCGAUCCUCAAGAAACUCCACCAGCAAACCUCUAUUUGUUAUGAUCCUAUCUCAUUUGUCAAGGCUCAGUCGCAAUAUGCUGUUAAGAAGAUGGCGCUUUCCCCUGCAUCUGCCUAUAAGAGAUUGACUGAGCAGAACAUAAUGAGUUGUCAGAGAGCCUAUGUCACACCCUCAAAGAUUUAUCUGUUGGGUCCAGAGCUUGAGACUGCCAAUUACGUUGUGAAGAACUUUGCAGAGCAUGCCUCGGAUUUCAUGAGAAUUACUUUUGUGGAAGAAGAUUGGAGCAAGAUUCCAGCGAAUGCUCUUUCUGUGAACUCCAAGGAAGGCUAUUUUGUGAAACCCUUUAGAACCAACAUCUACCACAGGGUGCUGUCAAUCCUUGGAGAAGGGAUCACCGUGGGGCCUAAAAAGUUUGAGUUCUUGGCUUUCUCAGCGAGCCAACUGCGAGGAAAUUCCGUCUGGAUGUUUGCUUCUAACGAGAAAGUAAAAGCUGAAGAUAUUAGAGAAUGGAUGGGCUGUUUCCGUAAGAUCCGAAGCAUUUCGAAAUGUGCAGCUAGGAUGGGCCAGUUGUUCAGUGCUUCCCGGCAGACACUUAAUGUCCGUGCGCAAGAUGUGGAGCAGAUUCCAGACAUCGAAGUGACUACUGAUGGUGCUGAUUACUGCUUCUCGGACGGCAUAGGGAAAAUUUCAUUGGCAUUUGCUAAGCAAGUUGCACAGAAGUGCGGACUGAGUCAUAUCCCUUCAGCGUUUCAAAUUCGAUAUGGUGGCUACAAAGGUGUGAUUGCAGUUGACCGCAGUUCCUUCAGAAAGCUGUCUCUGCGUGAUAGUAUGCUAAAGUUUGACUCCAACAACAGGAUGCUCAACGUGACCAGGUGGACAGAGUCGAUGCCUUGCUUCUUAAACCGGGAGAUCAUUUGUCUUUUGUCCACGCUCGGAAUAGAAGAUGCGGUGUUUGAGGAGAUGCAAGCGGGGCAUCUAUCUAUACUGGGGAAUAUGCUUGAAGACCGCAAUGCGGCAUUGAAUGUCCUGCAGAAAUUGAGUGGAGAAAGUUCCAAGAAUCUGCUAGUUAAGAUGCUGCUACAAGGAUAUGCACCCAGUUCAGAGCCUUACCUCUCAAUGAUGCUUCGUGUGCACCAUGAGAGCCAGCUUUCUGAACUAAAGAGUAGGUGCAGGAUACUUGUACCGAAAGGACGGAUCUUGAUAGGUUGCAUGGAUGAAAUGGGUAUCCUUGAGUAUGGCCAAGUGGAACUACUGUACAAUGGUACUGAAACUGUCACGAGCUCGGGUUGUUGGUGGAGAAGAUGUUUGACUCCUACCAUGAAAAUUGAAGAUACAAUCAAGGAAGCAAGCGGGAAACACUUCAGGACAGAACCAUUCGAGAAACCCAAGUUCAGGAUCUUCGCUUGCGCCUGGUUGCAUUCACCAAGACCACCAGAGCUGCCAACUGGUUCAUCACAUCAGACUUCCAUUCAAGACUGUAGAAUAGCUGCUUUGUGGAUCAUAAAGGAAGAGACAAUGGUGGAUAAGCUAAGUGUGUCGUGGAAGAGGAGCAUGUUCAAGAACCUUUGUUGCUCCUUGAUGCAAUAUUCUGAGAACUAA